AUGCUGAUUGCAAAUAUGCACAAGGCAACUGUACUUGUGUCUGCAGUUGAUCCUGCACCAGUUGGCAAUGAACCGGUUCUUGAAAUAUACAUGCAUGAUAUUCUUGGAGGCAGUAGCCCUACAGCUAGGCCAAUCACUGGCUUGCUAGGCAACAUCUACAGCAGCCAAGUGCCCUUUGCAAAGCCGAUAGGGUUCCUUCCUCCAAAUGGUGCGGUGGCUAUCCCUAAUGCCAAUGGUGCCAUUCCAACUGUAAAUGGUGCCAAUGGUCUACCACUAGGAACUGGCUUAUCUGGUACAGCUUUUGCAGGAAAUCCUAAUGCUCAACAGAAUGGCAAUCCUGCUACCCAACUAGCACCGGAUGGGUUGGGACUAGGCUUUGGGACAAUCACUGUCAUUGAUGACAUACUGACCUCUAGUCCCGACUUGGGGUCACAAACUAUUGGAAAAGCUCAAGGAGUUUAUGUGGCAAGCUCUGCAGAUGGAACAAGACAGCUGAUGGCAUUUACGGCUAUGAUGGAAGGAGGGGAGUAUAAUGACAACCUCAACUUCUACGGAGUGUACAAGAUUGGGAGUACCAAGUCACAGUUGUCAGUGACUGGCGGGACAGGCAAGUUUAAGAAUGCCAAUGGGAUUGCAGAGCUGCAACCACUGAUUCCUCCAGGUCAACAUGCAACAGAUGGUGCAGAAACAUUGCUGAGGAUUACUGUCCACUUAAAGUACUGA